GCGAGCAUCAGUAACAAACAAGAAAGGCAGGCAACCUGUUGCGUGUGUAGUGACGCCGUCCGUCGCUCGGACUCAUUUUCUUUUCGUGCUUCAUUUUUUUUGGGUUGCGUUUGGUGUUUUUUGGUUUUACGGUUCUGUGGAAUGCCCGAUCGGUCGGAAACUUUUCUCAGAUUGUGAUGUUUGUAAACGUGGUCGCUUUCGAUGUGAUUUUAAGUUAGAACUUCGGAAUGAUUUGCGGGGAAAAGUAAAUAAACUCUACGCGUAAGAGUUGGUGGGCCGAACACCGUGUGCUGCUGCGUGAGAUGAGCAUAAUGGCGACGACGACGACGACAGCGAAGAUGAAACCAUCUACGACAGCAGCAACGAACGAGUUCUUGUCCGGAGACGGGGUGGAUCUGGAUGCGAACCGGAAACAGUUGAUGGGAGGAGGUGAGGGUGGUGCGACUGAUCCGGACGAUUUGGAUAUGUUCCUGAGUGAAAUCACCGUGCAAUUUGAUGACGAAGUGCAAACAUUGUAUGUUGGUCCGGUGGAGAUUGUGGAUGAUGACGAUGAAGGUGAAGGUGGAAGCGCUGCAAAAUGUGAACCGGACGAUGGGUUGGUACAAGCAAAAGAAGAGAUUUUGGAAGGUCCUAUGGAGUCAACCGAAGAAGUGGUAAAACCUUCCGAUGUCCAACAAACUGAAGACGCAGUAAAGCAUGAUGACGUCACGGUUGAAGUUUCUGUGGCGGAGACCGAGGCAGCAGCAUCAUCAUUACCUUCGCCAUCGGUCACGGUCGACGCGGCAUCAGUCACCAGCCAGCCAGAAGAGGAAAGCAAUAGUCAACAAGAGCAGCUUCCGUUGCCGUUGGCUACGACAGAAACGUCAGCUUCGACGGCGACGACGCCGCCGCCGCCGCCGGCACCAUCUCCCCCACUUCACCCUAGGGCGGCGGGUGAUGUUGAUGUGUUGCCCGAAUCACCCGCUUCAGACGGUGAGGUAGGUCCACCCAGGGAGGUGGAGGAGAGCGAUGGCGACGACGAUGGAGGCAAUUCAGCAGAAAACGACGACCGUCUCCAUCGUUUGACAGCAGCUGGUGUUGUUAUUGAUCCGAAAAAUGGAGCAGCAGCGCAGACAGUCUCGAGUGAAGAACCAAGCCGUGAACUAGUUGCCGAUCUACACGCGCCUCCACUGGAAUCAGUAGACACGGAAACAGUAGUAAUUCCACCAGCCGAACCAUCGCCACUCGAAGUGGAAUCAUCAUUGGAUCCUCUGGUGGAAUCAGCCGUACUUCAGCCUUUACCAACAUCAGUUGAUACGGACGCCACUGUAGUACCACUUCCAGAGCCAACGCCACUCGAAGAGGAAUCUGGGGGCGAAUCGGAACCUCAACAGGAAUCUCCGGCAGAAACAGAAGUAACCCUGCCAGACACCAACGUCGACAACUGCGCGGAAACGGAGGAAUCUGUGCCCGAGGCUGUACAGGAAGAUCCACCACUCCUUGGUAAUUGCACGGAACCGGAGGAAUCUCUGUCCGAGGCUGUACAGAAAGAUCCACCAGUCCUGGGUAAUUGUGCGGAGACGGAGGAAUUAGCACCAGAACAACUUCCAACGACGGAAGCGCAACCAGCGGCAACAACCACGCCACCCGUUUCGCCUAGAAAUUCACCGCGAAAGGCGAUACAAGACGAUCUGCCGGCACCCGGCAGUGAUUGCACGGUAGGGGAGGAAGAACCAGAACCAGUUCCGGAAGAGCUACCACCGGCAACAACGCCUCCGCGCAAAUCGCCUAGAAAGUCCCCGCGCAAAACAGCAACAAUCAAGGAGGAAAUCAAGCAGCUAACGCCAGUAUUGCCAGCACCGAUCGGCGUCGACGGCGACGAGGAACCGUGUCCAACCGUGAAAAAGUUGGAAUUUGUGCAGGAAGAACAAUUGCUGGAAGACGAAGAAGAAGCAGAGGAGGAGGAGGAGGAGUGUCACGAGGAAGGAGAACUGAUCGUGCCGGAUGUGCUGGAUCCCCAGCAGGAACAGCAACAGCAUCAGCAGCAACAGACGACAUUCGAUAAGGAUCCUUCACCGGCCGGCAGUGAUAGCGGAAUUGAGAACGAGGGCGCGGAUUUAAGUAAGGGGGCUACUCCGGAGGACGAAUCGGGAUUAACGGAGAUAACUGAAGAGACUGUAGAAAACAUUCCAGGAGAAGCGAGCGGUGUCGGUGAAAUCGACGAGGGUCACGGAGGUUCGUUGGAGAACGUGAAUACUCAAGUGGUCGUACUAGAGGAGAUUGUGAUUCAGGGCGCCAAGACAAGUUUGAUCCAGUGCGCACGAUGUGCGAUGUGCUUUAGGAAAGAACUGUGGUACAAGAAGCAUCUGAUGAAUUAUCACGGAAUUGAUUUGAGUAAUAUUGCUCACUUUCUCUCAAAUUUGCAAACGCUGGACGAGGGCAUCCAGGAUGGGGACGGUACGACGGAGCAAGAAUUUGAGGAAUAUCAGGUUGAGGAGGGAGCAGCAGAGGACGACGGUGGCAAUAAUGAAGCAACCGAUAAGACUGAACAGGAGAGGGAAAGUAGCAAGCGAAAGAGCGAAGAUUUUGAGGCGGGAGCGGUCAAGCGGGUUCGACAGGAGGAAGCGCCUUCGACGCCUAGUCCGGUCGCGUUGCAAAAGUAUCCGGAGGUUAAAUUAACUAGUAAGAAUGGUAAACCGAAAACCCCAAGGCGACGAAAGGAGAAACUAACUUUGAUCAAUUCCGAUGCGGAUGUGAGAAUCAAGCAUGAGUAUGCCUCGGCCGCGGUACAAUCGGAGGAAUCGACGAGCAAUUCGUCACAGUCGUCGGCACCUCUGAUGAACAAUAUGUUCGUCGUCAGGUAUCUUGAACAAGCUGCUAUUAUGGUCGGAACUAGUGGAACGUCGGAUGCGGCUAAAGAUAACUCGCAGUAUGAUCCUACGAGUGAUCCUAUUCAGAUCUCCUACGAAGAGCUGGACGACGGCAUGACUCCUUUCGAGAGAUCAAAGAUUGUCGAAACCAACGAAGAAGGUAAAGAUCUAUUCACGUGUGUUGUUUGCGAAUCCGUUUUCGAAGAACGCCAGGCGAUCCAGGACCACGUGAAUAUUGUUCACAAGGAUUUGAAACGACGGAGCUGUCCGCAUUGUGGUCGAUCUUUCAAUCAAACAGGGGAUCUUACCCGUCACGUUAGAAUACACACGGGGAUCCGGCCGUUCAAAUGUCCCUUCGACGGUUGUGAGUAUGCGUUCAUCUCCUCGGGCGACCUCCACAAGCACGUUCGGCGGCACAACCAACAGAUGAACCCGGUCCAGAAGCCGCACGUAUGCUCCGUAUGUGGCAAGGACUUCGAACGGGGUUACGAUUUGAAGCGGCACAGCUCGAUGCACGCCAAGGACGACCCCAACUUCCACGGCUUCAGUUGUGAACUGUGUGGGAAGAUGUUCGCCCGGAAGGAUCAAUAUCGGGCGCACACCUAUCGGCAUAUUGGCUACAAACCGCACAAGUGUGCCCACUGCGAUAAGACCUUCUCGGACGCCAGUAACUACGCCAAGCACGUCAAGGUGCACGCGACGGACGGAAUGGAACUGUACUGCCACCACUGCGAAAAGGCCUUCAAGAACAAGAUGGCCAUCUCGAAGCACGUGUUGCGGUGCAAGUACAAAACGGACGCCCGGAAAGCGUCGCCACCCAAGCGGAAGAAGAAGGCAACCGUCGUCAAAACGGAACAACCGGAUCCGGAAGGCAUGACUGCGGCGACGGUACCAUCCAGCGAGAGUCCUAGCCAGGGCGUAGCUUAAGCUGUAACAAACAUUCGGAGACUAGACGAUAGUUUAGAAAUACUGGCAGCAAUAGCAUUGUAGAAGUACCACGGAAAUCUCCCCCUAUUUUAGGAGUUAAUUAGUUUGUGCUUAGUUAGUGGCGGGAGCUGACUACUUAAUUUUCCGUUUUAGAAUCGCCUGAGAAUUCUAUUGAACUGAAGGUAUUUUUUUCCUAUGAAUUUCUCUUAUUUUUGAAUGUGUAUACUUUUUUUUACAAAAACAAACCGGUUUAUUGUGUGUAUUUUACCCUUUUUGUCUUCCCCACACAUGGGAAUAAAACAGCUGGAACUGAUAUCAUCUUGUAAGACGUCCUUUAUUAUUAUAAAAUAUUUAUUAAUUAUUCUUGGAUUAACACAAACGACGAAAGCGCACUGCAAUAAGUAACGACGAGAGAGAAUGAAAAACGCGAGUAAAUUAUUGAAGGAUAUUAAUCUAAACCAUUGUAUCUCUUUGGAUGGAAUUCUAUUGAAGUCUAGUGGGGCCUUUUUCCAACGGUUCAUUUGUAUUCGCAUCAUAUUACAGAUUUACUUUGCCACCUUCUAUCUGUGUUACUACACGCAAGAAUAUCCAAAACUCAGGUCGAAUUCACUUACGAAUUAUUGAAUUGUGCAUGGUCGAUUGCAUUAGUUAAGUCAGCCUGAGUUUCGGUAUUUUUGUACAUAGGUUGAGUUUGGGCUUAGCGUUGAGUUAAAACUCCUCACAGAUGAUAACGAGACACCUACCUAGACAGUUCAGUACGAUUUACUCAUAAUCAAGCUGAUUUGGAACUACUCGAAUAUUGUGUUAAACAUGCCGAUUUCUACGUUUAACACAACGUUUGUGUUCCAAUCUAGCCCGAAUUUGAGUGUAUUUCUGUAAGCGUGUACCUAGGUCCCAACAGCAGUAAUGAUAGAAUAUCACCACUUAUGUGUAGGAACGGUAUCUAGUAUGCGUAUCAUUAUCAUAAAAUUCCCUGGGAAUUCUCAAAAGACUAAUAAUGUACACGGUUACGGACGCUAAUGAUACCUAACUGCAUGCAUUCUUGGAAGAAGUAGUACUUACUUAAUAUAGUUAACAUUAUAAAAGCAAA